ACGUAGACAAGUUGUACAAUCUCCCAGUUCCUUCGCGUCCUAAGAGAACGCCGAAUACCGGAGUUGGUAUCGUACCUCACAAUCCAACUAGCCGAACCAACAUCGUAAAGAAACAAGGAAAAAUGGUUGCGAAGCAGAGAAUCCGUAUGGCCAAUGAGAAACACAGCAAGAACAUCACUCAGCGAGGGAAUGUGGCCAAGUCAACGAGGAAUCUGGGUGAAGAAAAAGGCGUAGGUCCCUGGCUGCUGGCUCUCUUCGUCUUUGUCGUCUGUGGAUCGGCUAUUUUCCAAAUAAUCCAAAGCAUCAGGAUGGGCAUGUAAGAUGACUUCCCCAGCAGAGGGCGCAGUCCUGGCGUGAGCAGCUGAAGAUGAAGCAGCCAUAACACCGGCAUCAACAGUCUUGUCGUCAGAUCCUGACCCUCAGCUGGUCGAGCAAAGCAUUCCUGAACUCUGACCAUACAAAAUCCACAGAACCGACCCCGCAUCUGUUAAAAAGACCAAACCCCGCCCCCUCACAACUAGCAUCUGUCUGUUAUCUGUGUUGAUUUAAUGUGCUAAUGCCACCUGCUGACCUUCUCAGUGUUUCUCCUGCCUGUAAACAAGCCAUAAUCACGUCUUUCUGUGUUACCUGUGUUUAAGCCCCGCCUCCUCUCGUUGCAAGUUAUCAGUACCACAGAGGGGUGGGGUCAUAGUCCAACCUGCUCCUGUUGUCCCCUGACCAAAAUAAACUAAACAUUAUGUGACAGGAGUUGGUGCUGAACGGAGCUCAGAUCAGCCCUCGUCCUCACAAACCAGAUCGGGAGGACAAGGCCAGACCUGAGCUCAUGUGUGUCCUCCUCCUCAGAGGACAAGAUGAAGUUGAUGAAGGUCUUUUGAAUCAGAAGGUUGUGAGGUGCUGACAGGUGUGUGUCUGCACCGUGUGCAGCCUCACCUGAAUAAUCGUGUUCACGCAAUAAAGUUUUGAUUGUGACGAUGAA